AUGACGCACACCACCCUCCACACCAUGUCGCUCAGCGGAUUCCUCCAGGAGCUCGCGACCACCGAACACCGGCUGGCCGAGCGAGAAUGCGAAGCGGCCCAGAAGGACUAUGCCCUCCACCAGCACCCGGUCGACCUCGGACGGACGCCGGUGCCAAGGUUCGACCUCCCAGGAGUGGAAGACCCCGUGUCCUUCCUGCGAGCGCACACCGACGACCGCUCUGCCGAUGCCAAGAUCAAGAUCAAGCACGGCACCACCACCCUCGCCUUCCGAUUCAAACACGGCAUCAUCGUCGCCGUCGAUUCCAGGGCCACCGCUGGGAGCUAUAUCGCUAGUGGCACCGUCAAAAAGGUCAUCGAGAUCAACCCUUUUCUGCUGGGCACCAUGGCCGGAGGAGCCGCCGACUGCCAGUACUGGGAAACCUAUCUAGGCAUCCAAUGCCGCUUGCACGAGCUACGAAACAAGAGCCGGAUCUCUGUGGCCGCGGCCUCCAAGUACCUUUCGAACCUGGUGUACAGCUACAAGGGCAUGGGGCUCUCCAUGGGCACGAUGAUCUGCGGCUGGGACGGCUCGGGCCCGGGGCUGUACUACGUCGACUCGGACGGGACCCGGCUCAAGGGCGACGUGUUCUCGGUCGGCUCCGGAUCCACCUUCGCGUAUGGCGUCCUCGACCAGGGCUACCAUUGGGACCUCUCCGUCGACGACGCCCUCGAGCUCGGUCGACGGAGCAUCUAUGCCGCCGGCCACCGCGACGCGUUCUCCGGUAACACACUCAACCUCUACCACGUCAAGGAGGACGGCUGGCAUUUCAUCAACAACUAUGACUUUAACAAACUUCACUACGAUAUGGCUUACGGCUACGAAGAAAGGUUGAAGAAAGAUGCAGCCCCCUUAGCAUGA